CGCCAGAGGCGACAGGCCAAUGGGUUUCCGCGGUGGUUUGAGGCCGCCCGUGACGCGCGUCUGCUUCGUCCUCCUGUGCCUGUGCGCCUCGUUGUCCGAAGCCAAGAGGACGCCGCAGCCUGCGCCUACUACGGGCAAGAAGCAGCAGCCACCGGCAGCGUCGUCGUCCCAGCAGAGCCCAGCGGUCUCGUAUCCGGCUCUCCCCGUCCGGGCGGUGUGCCUCGGCGGUUGGCUCGUCACCGAGGGCUGGAUUCUGCCCUCCCUCUUCGACGGCAUCCCCAACAAAGACCUCCUGGAUGGCACGCAGCUGCAGUUCAAGUCGGCGCUGCGGAAGACGUACCUGACCGCGGACAACGGCGGCGGCGGCGCCGUCGUGGCCAACCGCACGCAGGCCUCCGACUGGGAGACGUUCAAGCUGUGGAGGCUGAACGACACGACGUUCAACUUCCGCACGUCCGGCAACCAGUUCGUGGGCAUCGGCGCCAGCGACGGCAUCAUCGUCGCGACGGCCACCACGCCGGGCCUGCCGGAGACGUUCCAGAUAGUGCGGUGCCCCUUCGACAAGAACAGGGUCCGGAUCAAGGCGGCGAACGGCUACUUCGUCCAGGCGAUAGCGACCGGCGAAGUGAUAGCGGACUACGGCGAGCCCACGCGGUGGUCCGACUUCGACGCGUCAGUGUUCCUGAUGACCACCGUCGGGCAGCAGCUGCAAGGGGAGUACCAGCUCUGCAACGGCUACGGCGCCGACAAGGCCGCGCCGCUGCUGAGGGAGCAUUGGAGCACGUACAUAGUGGAGGACGACUUCAAGUUCUUUGCGUCGAGUGGGCUGACCGCAGUGAGGAUCCCCGUCGGAUGGUGGAUCGCCAGCGACCCCAGCCCGCCCGCUCCGUACGUCGGAGGCUCCCUCCAAGCCCUGGACAACGCCUUCAGAUGGGCAGAGAAGCACGAGCUGGGUGUCAUCGUCGACCUGCACGCAGCUCCCGGGUCGCAGAACCCCUGGGAGCACAGCUCGUCCCGAGACGGCACGCAGGAGUGGGGAACCACGGACGCCAGCAUCGCGCAGACGGUGCAGGUCAUAGAUUUCCUCGCGUCCAGGUACGCGACGAGCCCGAGGCUGCUGGCGGUGGAGCUGCUGAACGAGCCGCUGGCGCCUGGAGCGACCCUGGACAGCCUCACCAGGUACUACCGCGACGGGUACGCCGCCGUCCGGAAGCACGCGCCGGCGGCCUACGUGGUCAUGUCCAACCGCCUGUCGUCGGGGAACUCCACGGAGCUCCUCUGGUUCGCCGGCCGUGGGUUCCCGGGCGCCGUCGUCGACGUGCAUUACUACACCGUCUUCAACAGCUUGUUCGGUAACUUCACCGCGCAGCAGAACAUCGACUUCGUCCGGACUAACUUCUCCGGCGAGCUCGCCGCCGUCACCACCCGAGAUGGCCCGCUCACCUUCGUCGGCGAGUGGGUUGCGGAGUGGAAGGUGCCGAACGCGACCAAGGAGGAAUACCAGAAGUACGCAGCGGCGCAGAUGAACGUGUAUGGACAGGCCACGUUUGGGUGGGCCUAUUGGACGGCCAAGAAUGCCAACAACCAUUGGGAUCUCGAGUGGAUGAUUAGAAAUGGAUACAUCUCGUUGAAAGGCUAGGACCCAAGCCAACAGGUUUCAGUCUAUAUAAAACUCUAAUCUCUAUUGGUAGUACGUAGGAACCCGGGCGAGCCAGAGAUAUUUGCUAUAUGUCGUUGUAAUUAAAUUAAGGCCAAGUUCAAUGACCUUGGCUUCGUCAGAACGAACCCGGCCGGGCGUACUACUUGUGCCAUGAACACUUUUGUUGGUUGUUGUGUGUACCCGAGCAAACCAAUUUAACGAUGUACUAAUACUAUUAGACCAA